AUGUCAUUUUAUGAGCAAGUUUCAUGGGCACAGAAUCCGCUAUUUCGCGCCUAUUGGCAACACUAUGAAGCGUGUCAAAAAUGGAGGCAACAACAUUUGAUAAAUUCGAAAAAAGCGGAAUGUUUGGCGAAGCCGUCGACGAGUUAUGAAGUGGGAAAAGAGAAAAAAUUGAAGAACAGGAAACUCGGAAGGAAAGAGGAGAAAAAGCAAAAUGUGUGGAAUUUGGAAGAGAUUUUUGAGGUGAAACCAGAGAAAAUUGAGGAAAAUUUGGAGGAAGAAGAAGAGAUGAGUGAAGAAAUGAAGGAGUUUUUCGAGAAAACAUUGGCGCAUAGAAAAGAACGUGAUGAAAAACGAAAAGCUCUGCAAAAUUCGGACAAAUCGUGGCUUCAAGAUCAAGAUGAUGAAUAUGUAAAUGUGGAGAAGAUAAAAAUCCGAGGACGCGCGAAAAAAUCUGCAAAACCGGUUGACGAACAAGCGGCAACUAUUGAAAGACGAAAAACUGCUCAAAAUCUAUAUGGAAGCGCGAAAAGUGAUCAGAUUCUGGCGAUGGAAACGGUUUUAGAGCUGAAUUUUGAGAAUGUAGGGUUUCCAAGGGGAGAUUUUGAGUAAAUUGUGUUUUUUUUCCAGGAAUACGCCAAAUCAACACCUCAAAUGUGGCCAAAUAUACCAUUUCAUUUUUGA